AGCAAGUGAAGGUUCUUGUCUCUUUAAGAAGUGUUGCAUCGAAUGUCUUAGACAAUAGCCCUGAGCACUUUAGCUUUGGAAGUGACCCUCGAAUCUACACUCCUUUCAUCUCAGAUACUAGAGCACUUGGGGAUGAACUAUUUCCUGGAACGGGGAGGGGAGGAGCCUGGGACCCUUUCACACACAGACCAACCAUUCCAGUUUAGUUCACUCCAGAUCUGAAACCAGUUCCAAUCUGAAUGUGGGACACCAUUGGGAAAGUGACGCUCUCUGCGCUUCCUGCUUCAGGAUUUAAAUGUUCAGGAAACUGCCUUGCAGAAAGACCAGGGCAAGAAGCAGUAGCAGCUUGGAACUGGUAGGGGUGAGCACCAGGGCUUUGCCCAGAAAACGAGGUAAGUUUGAGGAUGAUCCAGCGACACCAGCUGGUGCAGUCUGUGCUCCAGGAACUGCAGGAGGCUACCGAAUGCUCUGGACUGGAGGAACUAACCAGUGCAGCUUGGGAGGCUGAGAGGACGCUGUCUUCUUUCUCCUUACCCGGCUUCUGCGGGAGGCAGUUCCAAGAAGAGCUGGAAGUUGACCGGGUAGCAAAAAGUCUAUACCCAGAAGAUGCUCCCCGCAAUAUGCUGCCCUUGAUUUGCAAAGGUGAAGGUAACCACCUGUUUGAGGCUGCCAGUGUAUUGUUGUGGGGGAACACCAGCCUAAGUCUGGAGCUUCAGGUGCGCACAGCAGUGGAGAUGUUGAUCCACAAGCAAUACUACCUGAAUGGCAUGAUCGACUCCAAAGUGAUGCUCCAGGCUGCUCGCUACUCGCUUUGCACUGAGGAAUCCCCUCAGAUGACUAGCUUACCUCUGGCCACCAUAGAGGGCAUCUUUGAUGCUGACAUCAAAGCCACCUGCUUCCCUGGCACCUAUGCCAACAUGUGGCAUCUGUAUGCCCUGGCGUCGGUGCUCCAAAGCAACAUCUAUUCCAUCUACCCAAUGAGCAACCUAAAGAUUCGGCCGUACUUCAACCGAUUGAUCCGACCCAGACAGUGUGGCUCGCAGGUUUCCACGCUCCACAUCAUGUGGUCUGGGCAGCAGCUCUCUUCACAGGUUUUUCAGGCUCAGUACUUUGUGGCUGUCGUAGGCCUGGAAGAGCUGGAACCCGCAAACCCUCCUCUGGAGCCUCAAGUGCAGCCAGUGAGGACCCUGGAGUUGCUGAACAAUGAUCCCCAGGUGACUUACUCUAACCUGCGUGAAAGAAGCAGCAUUACCAAAAGCACCUUCUACCGCUGGAAGCGCCAGUCCCGAGAGCACAGGCAGAAGGCCGCGGCCAGGUUUGCUGCCAAACAUUUCCUGCAGUCCUGCUUCCAAGAGGGCAAGGUGGUCCCUCUUCAACACUUCCGACAAAUGUUCCCAGAAAUCUCUCGCUCCACCUACUAUGCCUGGAAGCAUGAGAUGCAAAACACGAGGAAUGUGGAGGCCUCUUCCCCCGCCGAAGUUGUGCUGCCAAAGGAACCCCACGCAUACCAACCCGGGACAGGUCAUGCAGGCAUGGAUAGUGCAGGGAAGUCUGAGGGAGGCCUGGGGUCUAAAAGCCUGCUCCUGAAUUCCAGCCCAAAUGGGAUCUCCAUGCAAGGAGCCAAAUCUUACCUAGAGAAAUGCAUUUCUAUGAAUACCCUUGUGCCCUACAGGAGCUUCAAGCGUAGCUUUCCUGGCAUCUCCAGGUCCACUUAUUACAACUGGAGGAGAAAGGCCAUUAAAGGGAACCCCCAGUUCAAGCCACCCCAGCCUCUUUCUGUCCAGCAGAAACCCCUUGUGAAUAGGAAGCCAUAUUUUCCUUUCAAACUGGGAAGCCUGCCUAGCAGCGAAAUGGUCAAUGGUCACCGACCAUUGGACCGAGUUCUGUUGCGUAUCAAGCCAUCUCUGUAUCACUGGCAAAAGCAACUUCGUGACUUGGCCAAGAAACAUGUCUGCCAAUGGAGGAUGCCUUUCUGCAAGUUCCGUCUGCGCUAUCCAGGUUUCUCUUCUACAGCCUAUUGGUUCUGGAGGAGGAGAAGCAGCAACCAGGCCAAAAGGGAUCACCCUUCCUCAAAAAUGGUUUCCAAAAGCUUGCAACAAGCAACCUCUGAGACUAGUGGGAAGGCAGAGCUUGGAUUCCAUCCACCACAGCCAAAGGAGACUGCACCACUGUCUUUGAAUCAGCAAAUGCCUAAACCCUAUAACGCCGUGAUGCCAGGCUACCAAAUGUCAGAAAGAGUCAACAAUAGCAUGUUUGUGAUGGAUGUGAUUGCCACAGCUCAGUUCAAAGCCCAGGCCAAGCUGUUUCUCCAGCAACGCUUUGAGUCGAAGACCUUCCCAACAUACAAAGAGUUUAGAGCCCAUUUCCCCCUAACAGCACGCUCCACAUACUACAUGUGGAAACGUGCCCUCCAUGAUGGACUAACCCUAGUAGAUGCCUGAGACUAAUCAUGGCCCUGUAGAAUCUGCUGCUGGAAAUGGCUACCCUCUUCAACAGGAUGUAUUGAUCUCUACAAACCUUUUUUUUUUUUUAAUUCUAGCUUUUUUGUUUGGAUUUAUUUCCUUGGUUCCCAGACUUGGCUAAGAACUCUGUAAUGCCUUUAGUCCCUUGAGAUGUGGAGGAAAGUGGGAAGGAUAUUUGGAAAGAGAUAUUGUUUGUUCUGGGCCACCGAGGUGCCUAUAAUAAUAAAAAAGAGGCUGUCUGUUUUCUUGAUGAGUAGGUCAGAACACUAUUGGUGGUGGGGAAAAUGAUCUUGAGAAUGCUCUAGGUUUCUGAAGUACUACUGUGCUUUUUCUGUGUUAUUGUUUUUUACUGUGAUUUUUGAAAUAUCUCUUUGUUAAAAUUUGGGCCACAGUCUUUUGGUCUAUAAAUAGAAUUUAACUGCUGGCACCGUAACCCUGUUCACAAGACAGAUUGCUGACUUCACUUCAAGUCAUCUCCUGGGCUCAAUGCAUGUUAUGUGACUCCCUGUGUACAACUGCCAGUUCUUCUCCAUGUACAUGUAUGAUGGAAGGCCUCAUUAAAACUUCAAUAAACCAAAA